AAAACACGGUGUACUUGGAGCUAAGAGGUAUUAGGAAGUAUGUGUCUGAAGCACUUCACAGAACCACAUGGACCUUGGUAAAACUGGUUGGUUGAUCUCCACAUGCCUCCAUGUCUUUCAGUCCAGUUAUAUUCAAUGAGCUGUGUGAAGAUGAGGAGGGUGAUAUAGCUCCUGAUUUAGAGUCUGUUAAAGCCCUGACAGCCAGAUUGAACCUGCAAACCCGUCGACCAUCAUACCAAGAAUGGACACAGAGAGUACAAGCACGACCAUGGGCAAAAAAUCGAGCUGUUGCCCAAGAGAAACUAUCUUCUAAUCAAGAGCAAAGCAUCCAAAAAAACAGCAUCUGUGGGUUCAGCUCUAUAGAUGAAGCUUUACAAUGGCUGAGGAAAGAACUACAGGAGAUGCAGGCUUCAGACCACCUCCUGGCACGCCAGCUUAUGCUAUUACGAUCCCGGAUCUCACAGUUUAAAAUAGAGCAGACCUGCGAGAGGCAUAAGGAGAUGCUAGACGAUGCUACUUUCGACCUAGAGGGUUGUGAAGAAGACUCUGAUCUACUCUGCGACAUUCCACCACGUGCUGCCUUCUCUCUUUCAACUCCCCUCAAACACAUCGGGGUGACACGCAUGAAUAUUAACUCCCGAAGAUUUUCAUUGUGCUAAGAAGUACGUUACGCAUCAUGUGUAAAGAGCAAAAAAAUAUUACCAAACAUCAGAAUAUGAUGUCUAUGCUAAAUGCAUUUAAAAAUAAUGCUUCCUAACAGCUCCAGGACCGAUCUGAUUUCAAACAAUUUACCCCCUUUUUAAUACUGGUCAACAUUUGCUGUGCAUCAGUCCUGUGGAACAGACCCUGUCAUUGUUGAGUUCAUAAAGGAGAUGUGUCACUUCAGCAAGUGGCAUUUAUCAUGUAGAGAAAGUUAAUACAAGUCAUUUACUAAUGUAUUGUGCUUGUCCAUAUUGCCUCCUUGCUGGGUUGAUCCAUUUUCCUUGGCUUUUUUCCAUGGUUACGACCACCCUGCAAUCCAUCAGGGGUGGCCGUGAUUGCCGGGAACAUGGGAGCUUGCGUAGACUGGUGUUUUUUCCUAUAGUGUGCAAGCACGACCACCACUGAUGGAUCACAGCGUGAUCAUAACCAUGGAAAUGAGCAGUGUAUAAUAUGAUGGAAAAAUACUACUAGAUAAACUCAAGGCUCCACAGAGACAGUGGUUCAAUUUUUGUUUACUACAGACCAAUUGAAUAAAUGAUUUUCAGCUCAUAACGAGUACAUUAUAAUAGUAAAAACCCUCAAAGGUGUACAUAGCCUUUAAAUAUUAGACAAAAAGGUAUGUCUAUCGCACUACUAUAUGAUGGUGUAUGCAAUCUGGACCUGGUAAUUUGUUUAUUUUAAUCAUUCUAAGCCGCCACUGCACUUCUUACUGGUUCAGACAGGAGACACCUUAUGGGGAAUUUAUUUUGUUACUCUGCCUUUCACUUCACUUGUUUACUUACAUUUUGCAAUAAUCACUAUCCGGUGCUCAUACACAUUUGACUAAUAUGAAUUGCUAUAAUUCAAAACACUUUUCCAGUACAUCAGAGAAAAUCUUUAUUCAGGUGCCAGGAAGCAGGAAUACGUAGGCAGACUGUCAGUGCUCUGUAAAUCCCGGCUCUGUUCACUGUGCUCUGCUGGAUUCUGACUCAUCUUACCUUGCGGCUCUCUCAUGGGCAGUACACCCAGGGCUUGUUAGAUACUUAAGUGGGCCGAGUGUGCAACAUAUUUAUUUUUUGUAUUCAAUUUCUUUAUUUUCCUCCUCCACAUGCUCCCUAGUGUCUCUUUACCAUGCUGCAGCCAUCUCUGUAAGAACCGUCACCGCUGCUGUUCCCCCCGCACAGUGUCCCCGUCUCACCAGACAUCAGUGACAGGCCAGUAGGCUGCAUUAUCCACAAUCCUGAGUGAUGCCACAAACCAGCAUCAGGACGUUCUGUGUGGGUGGAGCUAACAUAGCCCCACCCCCAUCCUUUGUCUGCACUUGCUCCAGGCUGGAGGCCUAAACUUUAUACUGGGAUGACUGGGCCUUCUUCUUCAUUCAGGUCUGCGAAUAAAGGAAUCUGUAAAGCUAUGUCACACAUUGAGGCAUUAUCACAGCCAGAUGCCCCAUAAGUGUGUCCUCCAAAUAUCCCCCAUAACGGUGUCCUCUACAGAUCCCCCAUAUUGGUGUCCUACCACAGAUCCCUCAUAAGUGUGUCCUCCACAGGUCCCCCAUAACAGUGUGUCAUCCACAGGUCCCCCAUAACAGUGUG